CGGCAAAGUCCUGUUUUCGGUCCUAGUGUAGCCAAAAGUGCCUGGAAUAGCGUCCAAAGUCGGCCACCAGACUGAAGCGCAUAACCAGGUGGCACAUUCGAUGCGUUCGAAUUGGCAAGACACGGUUCGCGCGCAAUGCGGCAGAGGUCUCACUUUACAACUGCCAUGGUGUCCCGCACGCUGCCGACGAUCGCUGCGGCCCUCGCCGCCACCACGGUCAUUGUCGACGGCUACGCCAAGUUUGCGGCGCUUCUGCCCAACGGCGACAAAGUGCCGGGUGUCGCCGCGAUUGGCCACACCAACGUCAAAGGCGGUGGCGCCAACAACCAGUUCGGUCUCGACUUUAGCUCGGGUGGGAGCACGUGGUCGCCAGUGCUGUGCCAAUUGGAUUCCGAUGGCGACGGCGCCACGAAUGGCGAAGAGCUCGGGGACCCGUGCUGCAAGUGGACGCAAGGCUCGACGCCCCACUCGAGUUCGGCCACGUCGCCAGGUCAUAAAAACACAUUCUCCUCGGCGCAGCUAGCGGCGCUCAAGUGCCCGACCUCGCCGACGUCUGCGCCAUCACCCAACCCAUCGCCGUACCCCUCGCCUGUGCCAUCGCCUAACCCGUCGCCGGCUCCGUCCCCGACACCGUCUCCCAAGCCGUCUCCGGCUCCUUCGCCCAAACCAUCGCCCAGCAGCAACCCCACGGAAGACCCCUCUGAGGACCCCACGGAAGACCCCUCAGAGGACCCCUCUGAUGACCCAACCGAUGAGCCGUCCCCAAGCCCGUCGUCCCACCCCACACCUCGCCCGUCGAAUGGAAGCAUUCCGACGAGCCCGCCCAACACGGACUGCGUCAAGAUCAGUGUGAUGGGCGAUGCAACCUACUGCAUCCCAGGCCCGAUUUGUGUCGGCGCGCACGACUACCCUGCGGGUAAGAACUGCCCCAAGAAGGGCGACGUGGCUGGCCAAGACUGCGUCGGCGGCAUUCCGAGCUACUCGAACGGCCAGUGCAUCUUGACGGUCGAUGCCGUGUGCGAGCAAAUGAAGGACGGUGUGUGGGGGUGCAUGCUCCCGGGGGGCGUGCCAACGGCGUCGCCAAGCAACUCGUCCACAACAGUCAAGAUGGCGGUUGCCGCAUCGACGGAUCUGUCGCCGGGUGAUUACACCGGUUACUUUAUCGCUGGCGGGACUGUCGCUGCGGUUGCGGCCGUCGCCUUGGCCGUGCUCAUUGUCAAAAAGGUCCGCAAGCAAAACAGCUUCAAGGACGGGUGCCCGAUGGAGAUCCAGCACAACGCCGAGACGCCAGUGCUCUAGAUAUCGUCAUGCUGUCUCUAUUUGCUAAUACGUAAUUUUCACUAGUCAAUAAUGUCCACUGGUACUUUCAUAAUCUAAACUACAGCCCUACUGUACUUUCUCAGCAGCAA